GAAUAAAAAUAUUGAAGGUAUAUAUAAAAGUGGGAACGCAAUCGGAGAUGCUUGUGCAGCUAUCGGUGUUUUCAUUUGAGAGUUGCAGUUUGGCAGUUAAACGCGUUCUCUUCUCUGCAUCCAUCAGAUCGAGUAAGCAAUGUCGGAGGCUAAGGUUGAGGAUGUGAAGAAGGACGAGGAGGUUGUUGGUGAUUCCCCUAAGAACGAAGUCGACAGUGAAAAAUCUGUCGAUGAUCUGAAAGAUGCGGACAUGCCUUCGUCGCAGCAGGAGGAAGAAGCGAUUAAGAAAAAGUACGGAGGGAUGUUGCCAAAGAAGCCUCCACUAAUAUCCAAGGAUCAUGAACGGGCUUACUUUGAUUCUGCUGAUUGGGCUUUGGGGAAGCAAGGAGCACAAAAGCCUAAAGGACCACUUGAAGCACUCCGCCCAAAGUUGCAGCCAACACAACAGCAUGCUCGUUCAAGACGCUCAGCUUAUGCUCCAGCAGAUGGUGAAGUUGAUGGCAACAAUAGCUCAUCACCAGAGCAUGAGAGUGCCUCUGAAGAUGUUGACGGUGAUAAAAGUGAUACUGCUCAUGACCAGAGCUGCCAUUAGAAGAUAUAGGUUUGACCUAUAAUUUGCAUUUUGACUCAGUGAUGCAUUUUCUCUGAAUUCAGUAGCAAACGAUCAUACAUAUUAGAGUUGCUUGUGCUAAAAACUAGAAGUUGAAGUUUUGAAACAGUUGUAACCAUGAAUUAGAUAUAACACUUCGCAUGUAUGAGAUUAUAUGAUGUGCUGGGUUUGCACUAUGAGAGAUCUUGAUCUCUACAUUCAUUUGCGGAGGCACGAUUGUGCCAUUUGUAACAUUUGACAUCUUACAAAUAUAAUCGUCUACAAUAAGAUUGGAUAUGAAACUUGACAAUAA